UAUAGGUUCAACUUAUUCACUAACUUCAGUUUGAGGAACGUCAGUUUAAAAAAAACGCCAUGGACGAACUUGUAAUUGAAACUAGAAAUGAUAACCAAGAAAACGAAAAAUUUAAAUAUAAAGAGCCUAUUGUACUUGUACCGAUUAUCUGUCUAUCGUUGUUGCGAGGAAUUUCAUCCACCGUUGAUCGCUCAAUACUUUUUACUCGUGUAAAAAGUGACUAUUCCUGGAAUGCACUCGAAUAUUAUGGAAUAUUACAUACAAUAGGUUUAAUACCAGGACUACUCCUAGUACCGUUCAUGAUAGACGUCCACGGACGCAAACCUGCCUUCGCACUGCUAUUUUUUCUCAGCCUACUGUAUUUCAUUAUAAAUUACUUUCCAUAUCAAGUUCCAUUGUUUGUAGUAGGCAGUUGUAUCGUAGCCAUAAUUAAAGGAGGAGUAAGGACAAUAACUACUUUAGCUAUCUGUGAAUACUGUGGCCCGAAACACAGGUUCGCUUACCUUGUUGCCGAUCAGACUGUAAAAAUGUUAAGUGCUAAAGUAAUAGAUAUAUUACAUACUACAGGAGUUUUGAAUGAAGCAUUACCAUACGUGUCAUCGGUUGCAGCUGUGGUAGCAGUGACGUGCAUGGUAUCGGUGUACUGGUGGCCGGAAUCUCCAUACUGGUUGGCUAGCCAAGGGCGAGUAGAGGAAAGUAGAGGCUCGCUGCUGUGGCUGCGGGCGGAGAGCGACGCGGCGCGUGCCGAGUUCCAAGCCCUCGGAACCGCGCGCCGCGCAAAACUCUUCCUUCUCGCUCUUUUUGUCGCAGUUCUCUCUUUCACUGUGGCCCAGUGUUCUUCUUCGUCAAAAUCAAUCUUAAUCACUUUAGAAUCCGAUAAUGAAGCUGUAAAACGCCAAUCUUCACACAACCAAGCACAAUUAUGUGGUAACAUAGCUAUUUCGCUUCUAUUAGUUCUUAUUUCGUAUAAAAUAAAACGUAAGGUCGUUUAUUUUUUCGCUUCAGUUAUACCUUUGGUUCUGGUUUUAAUUUUAACUAUUUGGGCUCAUAUAGCAAAGUUGAAUAAUAACACCGUUGCAUUUUAUGUGACAGUCUUGAUCUGUAACUGCUUUAUUGAUUGCGGUCCAUUUGGUCUCAGUCUCGCAUUAUCUAUUGAGGUCAUACCUCAAAAAUACUACACGUACAUUUCUUGUAUUUGUUCCCUCUGUUUUUACCUGUCCGCCCUUUAUUUCCCUUUACUAUCUUUACAGUAUCGUUAUAGUUUUCCUCUAUAUAUUUCAUUGUACUUAUUUACCGGUAUGGCGCUACUGGCGAUGAUGUUAAUACACCGGUUGUCACCAGAAACUCGAGGCAAGCACUUAUUAGAAAUAGAAAAUCAAUAUUUAGAUCGACAUAUUUCGAGAUUAUAAUUUAAAUACUGUAUAGUUAAGGUUCAAUACUGUAAUCUGUUAGAGCGAGGUGU